GUAGUAUUGAUCUCUAAUCAGUAAGUGGCGUAAAAUAGGGAGUGUCGGAACAGGUCGUUCAAUUAAGCAACCACACCCAGAGUCCUCCAAUACGGCCGAGUGUUUUCUCUGCAGUCAGAAGUAUCCUGCUGAGGAUUGGAUACUUGAAGAGCUUUACUCGACAUUUCGAACAGAAGUCUAAUCUAAACGUUCGUUAAUGAGCGCUAUGGAGGAGACGACGCUGCCGACGUUCCUAUCUUCCAGCACACCGAGCGAGGCCGAUACGGAGAACCCGGUGCAGUGGCUAGAGAACGAGGCGAUCUCGGGCUUUCGCAUUUGGCAGCUUGCCGGCAUCGUUCUCUCCAUUCUGCUAAGCAUCGUGGUUGGACUGUGCUGCUGCAUUCGCUUCCGCGUGCCCAGAACGAAGCAGGAGAUCGAGGCGGAUUACAUUCGCAAAAAGAUUACCAAGAGCUUCCGGAACGAGCUCUCGAAGAUUAGCAACACGGAGAUGGACGAGAUGGAUCUGCAGAAAGCUCUGGACAGAAUCCGAAACGAGUACGAGGGGGACACGACCGCGAUAGCGAAGGAGUGCGCAGAAAUGGCGCAGCGGAGCGUCCGGCAGGGCUUCCGAUCCAGAUUUAACGCCGUGUUCGGUGGGACGCGUGUACGUUUCAGCCAAGCACACGAGCACGCGGAAUCGAACGCCGUAAUCUAAUGACGGCGAUUCGUCGUUUGGCGAUGUCCUGUGCGAAGGGGUUGAAACAAAUCCCUCUCGAAAGUGUGGUUCCCAUAAUUUUCUCGUCGUACAACCUUAGAGAUGUUGAAAGAAAAGCAGAGCAAGAAAAGAAAUACAAAUCGCACCUCCGCAAGAAAAAUGACACAAGUCAAAAAUAUAAAAUUGUUUAGGAAAGAGAAAAAACAUUACGUAUUUUAAAAUUAAAUAUAUAUUAACUUAGAGCUGUUAAUUAAUCACGAAUUGCUUGUUUCUUUGGAUAAUGUAGAUAUUAAUUUUGUCAUAGAGUUUGAUCCUUAAAAAGUACUCGUUUUUUUAAUUUAAAUUUUAAUUUGGCUUGUAUCAUUUUUCUUACGGAAAUGCGACAUACACACACACACACACACAGGAAACACAGGUAAUAUAAUUCUCUUUUUUAGAUAACUACUUAUAAAUAAUACAAAGAAAACUUUAAACAGUUGGAAAGUUAAGAACUUUAGAGAGAUAAGACCAAUGUCAAUUUACGGGUAAUAACGGCGAGCAAUAAAUUGCGUGUGACACUUUCA